CGCCCUUUAACAGCUGCAACGCAUUUAUACACAUGUGCAAACUUUGCCCAUGUACGACACUCCCCAAAACCUGUGCGGCUCAACUCCAAAGAACUCCAGCGACCUCUCCAACUCCUUUUGAAGAAGCAAACCCCGUUCAGCCGUGGAUUUCUCUGAGAACACAAGGAUCCUUCUCGGUCCGAAAACUUUUUCCCCCCUGAGCUGGAACCCACUGUAAAAAAUGUCUGCUUCGGUGCUGUCUUCCAUAUAUGACUUCGACAGGGAAAAAGUCCCGAAUUCAAAUGCAAUCUAUCUCCACAAUAUGCUGGAAAAGAGGAAUGUCGGGGUCCCAUUUGCUGCUUCCAAUACCAACAGCAACAGGUCUUUCGGUUAUUUCAGGAGUAACUCGACAAACAUGGACUUCAACAUGAGCAACAGGCUCCAGAUUGGUUUUGAGAGCUCAACACCUGCCUUCAUGAAUAAAGAAAAUAAGUACAGAGACCGUGCGUUUAGUGACACGGGGGAACGCAGUCAACAACUUCAGGAAAUCCUUCAGCAAAAGCCCGGCUCUCAGAUCAACUCAACCCGCUACAAAACUGAACUCUGCAGACCUUUUGAGGAAAACGGCUCAUGCAAGUAUGGAGAAAAGUGUCAGUUUGCUCAUGGCUAUCACGAACUGAGAAACCUGUCCCGCCACCCGAAGUACAAAACUGAGCCGUGUCGCACAUUCCACACUAUCGGUUUCUGCCCGUAUGGCCCCCGCUGCCACUUCAUUCACAAUGCAGAUGAGCGCAGAGCUGCCACGAGUAACACUCAACCGAGGCUCAGCCGGGAUAUUGGUGUUCUGGGAGAGAAGGAGUCAUCAAACCCAUUCCUGAGACAGCGGGAAAGACCUAAGCUGCACCACAGCCUGAGCUUUUCCGGCUUCUCCAGCUCCCGCAGCAAUGAGUCUAUGUUGAUUGACAACCCAACAUCACGCACGCCCCCACCGCCCACCUGCGCACUCACUCCCAGUUCACCCUGUCUGAAUGCGUUCACUUUCCCAGAUCAGGAUCUUAAGGCUUUUCUUGCCCCCAUCAUCCCUCAGACCCAAAACGCUUUUACCCAUCAAACCAGCGGGGGCUUGUACGGUAACAUCCAGACCAACACUUGCCCGCCAUCGCCACCUUUCAAAAUGAGCCACUUGCCCUCCAUGCGUCCACUCUCAGAGUCUCCAGUGUUCGAUUCUCCACCAAGCCCGCCGGAUUCCCUCUCAGAUCCCGAGGGGUACCUGAGCGGCUCUUGCUGUUCCUCCGGCACAAUCAGUGGCUCGGAGUCGCCCAGUAUGGACGCAAAUAGACGUUUGCCAAUCUUCAGCAGGCUGUCGAUUUCAGACGAUUGACUUGCUAUUAUUGUUAUAGCCUUUUAUCCAAGUAGUGCCAACAUGAGUUUCAGGUCAAAUAUCGGUCUCAACCGUUGGUUUUCUCAUGAUUUUGUCAUGAUUGAGAUGUGAUUUAUAUAUUUCUUUUCUCAUUUUUUUUUUUUUUUUUUUUUUUUUCCUUACAAUGACAUACCAAGAUGAUGGCUUCAGCAGUCUAGAAAAAUGCCUGUUUAGAAGUAAGUCUUGGGAAAACAUUCCAUAAGUUUGGAAGUGGUGUGAGAGCACAAGAACUGGGACUCAUAAGUUGGCCAUGGAAUGUCACUGCAGAUUUUUUUUUUUUUAACUGUGUGGUAUCAUUGCAUCAUGCUUUGAAAUCUAUUUAACUUAUUUAUUGUCAUUUGAAAGUAUAGCCUUCAAGGAUAAAUUGAGUCCAUAUGGUAUUUAUCAAAUCUAAAGCAAUACACUUAUAUUCCUGUUUAAAUUGUGAUCGCCAAUAUUAAUCUGGAAACCGUUGGGUUUGUCUCACAAUAAUAUAUUUUUGUUAACUUGUCUAUUUUACUGUAAAUAGGUAAAUAAUUUAAGAUUGUAUGCUAUUUAUUUCGAUUUUGUUUACUGUGUGUAUCUAUAUUAAAAAGUGGGAGCGUCUGAUGAGGUCACGCUGUGAUUUCUUGUGCGGGAGGGAAGGGAGCGUCAGAGGAUCUAUGGGCAUUUGUAGAAUGUAGCCUGUCUUAUGAGGUCUUUUUGGCCGUAAAGAACUAACUGACUUCACACCUAUGAGUAUGACUGUUUCUUUUUUUUUUUUUCUUUAUCAACAAUAACAACAACCAAAAAAAAAAAAAGUAUCCAUUUGCACACCGUUGCAUGACGAUUGCUGUCUAGUGCCAGAGAAUGUAGCACUUUCCUAUCUAGAGGUUAAUAACUAGCUAAUAUGUCCCUGCUGGGGUUGAGGAUCCCUCAUAGUUUAACCUAAUAAAGCAGUCGCUUUGGUGUAUAUCUAAAGCCAAUCGAAUUGAAUGUAGCUCAUAGAUCAAGAUGCCUUUCUUAUGGUGAAUGAGAUGCUAUUUCAUUGUUUAUUUUUUUACAUUUAGAUCAUUCGAUCGCACCAUUCCUAAUGAAAGAUACUCUGCCUUUCAACUGAGCUUCUCUACACAUGCUGACUGGGGAUAUUAAGUUUUGUAGUUGGUUAAUAAUGAUUACUCUAACUUUUUUAGAUGAAGUAAAGCAACACUGAAUGUAAUGAGUGAACGUCAGCUGGAGUUGGAGUGUGUAUAGAAAGUUUGCAGAGUAAAUUUGUACUGUAUGUGUUUUUUUUAAAUAUAGAACUUCUAAUAAAGGCAUUUUUGAACAAGA